AUGGGGAACUGUCAAAAUUGUUUGUAAUAAGAAUAAUAGUAAGUGGAAAUCUAAUUAAACAAUCAUACUGAAGAGGAAAUGUCAUAACCUAUUGAAUAAAUUCCACUAUUAAAUUUAGAUGUGAAAACUUGGUAGAAAGAUUCUUAUAGUCUUUAUGAUUAUGAGAACAGUAACUUUAUUCACUCCUAAUAAAUCCCUAUAAAUGGUACUAGCUAUCUUACUUGCAGAGCUAAUAAAGUUUUAACUUAUGAAGGGAGUUAUUCUAGAAAAAAGUAAAUUAUGUUGUUAUAUUUAGUGAUAUCAAUGAUGAAACACUUCUCCUUCCACUUGAAUAUGAAAGUGAUACAUUCUAGAUAUUAAAUUUACGUUUCAACAGAAGACUCUAAACUUAAGAACUCGUUGAAGACUACUAAAAAGAAGUAUAAAUUCUUAAUUGACAUUUAUUUUAGGAAGGUGAUAAACUUUUAUCUGAAAACCAAACCAUUCAUGCUGAUUUUCAAAUGAGUUUCAAUAUUUAGAAAUUACGAACUACCACUAAUAGAUAAUUAGUCUGUGGAGUAGAUUAAGGUCCUAAAAUUUGGUUGGUCACCAGAUCUAUUUAAACUAACAGUAUCAAUGAAGGUUUGGUUCUAAAGGUUGGAGAUGAGAUUAAAUUAGGAAGAGUUAAAUUAAUUAUUAAAGAAAUUCAAUUGUAAUGUGAUCCUAACUAAAAUUUAUUGGAUGAACCAUCCAUCUGUUCAGUCGAAGAUAAAAAUGAAUUUACCAAAUAAUGUCGAAUCUGCCUAUCUACUGGAGAAUCAACUACAAAUCCAUUAAUUGAUCCAUGCAAAUGCAUUGGUAGUACUAAAUAUGUUCAUAUUAAUUGUUUACUUAGAUGGUACUCAUUCUUAUUCUAUUUUAUUUUAGGAUUCAAUAAAGUUCUCAUUUUAAUAGUAAUGCUUAUUGUACUAGAUUUAUAUGGAAAUCUUUAGAAUGUGAAAUCUGUAAAUCAGUCUAUCCUCCUAUAUUUGAUAGAAAUGGAUAAAAAUUCAAUCUAAUUGAAUUAAGUAAACCAAAAGAUAAACCAUACAUUAUGAUGGAAUUUCAUCAAAAAAGGCAACAUGAUAAUCCUUAACCAAAUGAUAGUAAUGGAUUAUACAUAGUCAACUUUGGAACAAAAAAAGAACUUAAAAUUGGCAGAAAUCAUGAAGUCGAAAUAAGUAUUGCUGAUAUUAGUGUAAGUAGAGAACAUGCACAUAUCAAAUUAGUUGAUAAUAAAAUCAUACUAUCAGAUAAAAAAUCCAAAUUUGGAACCUUAGUUCUAUUACAAAAAAAUAUUACCCUCACACCUUAAUUAUCUGGACUUGAAUUACAAAUCAAACGUACUCUUGUUAAAUUUAAUAACAAUUUAAUAACCUAAUCAAAUCAAAAACUAAGAGACUUUGAAUUAUACUUAGGAAGAAAUCAAUGA